AUGUCCCGCGGACGAGGUGGUUGGCGAGGAGGCUCUACCUCAAACCGAGGAGCAUCCCGGCAAAACCGACGCGGUGGAAACCAGUCUCGCGGAAACUCUUCCCGCGGCGGUUCAUCUUCUGGCCCUCGGCGUGUUUGUCAACAAUUCCUCCGCGGGAGAUGCACCUACGGCGAUUCGUGCAAGUUUUCCCAUGACGACAAAGACAUCGAGCGCGCCCGCGAGCAAGAGGCAGCCGAGGGCAUCACACCCAGCGGGGCCCAACAGACCCGAGAGGACUAUUUUGACUUCAAACGCCAGGUCCGCCAGCGCAGCUCGUCCAUCUCGUCAUUGGGUACCCUUGGCUGGAUGGAGUGCGAGGAAACAUGGAACCUCGCGGCCCAGAUUAUGGAUACUCCCAGCCGAGAGUUCCAUCAAUCGAUCGCCAGGGACCUGGUCGACGACGAUAUCGGCGGCCCAGCAUUCAUCCAGAGGACGGUCAGAUUAUGCACCACCGCUAAGGGCGAUAAGGACUGUCUGCAGCUUGCUCGCGCUGCCCUCAAAGUCAUCACCCACCAGUCAAUGCUCCUCUGUAUGUCCAUCGAUAGUUAUGUGGGUACCAUCUACCGCAUGAUCGGCGGCAGCAGCGGCGACCAAGGGAUGGCCUUCUUCUCGGAUCUCAACCGGCGCCUGACUGACACUUCCCCGUCACCUCGGAGAUUUCUGGCUCUCAUCGCCUCGUCGCUCCACGAACUGCUCCGGCGAGAGCGGAAGUGUCUGCUGAACGACGAUUUGCCGGGUCUGUUGGAUGAUGUCGGAGAAAAGAUCACCCAGCUCAGCAGUGUGGCUCCUCAAGAUGCGACAGAAGCUGCGAGCGAUCUCGAUGCCGUGACCAUCAAGGUUGACAUGGUCAAGAGGAUGAUGGAUGGCGCCCGUCGCGGCGUGUUUAGCCAUGAGCCAGCCGUUGUCGUCACCGCGAGAGGUACCGGCGCCAUUCAGUCCACCUUCCCCAUGGAAGUAGUUGUCCCGGGAGGCAACCAUGACAACGACUUCGCCGACAUCACCAAGAUCCAGAUCUUCCCUACUCUGGAUGAGGUCACGAGCGACGUAUCCGAGUACCUGCCAAGCACCGACUUCACCCGUCCGCAUUUCCUCCCCGACCCUGUCCAGCGCCACCUCGACUCUGCUUUUCGUCUGCUGCGCCACGACACCUUUGGGCCCCUCAAGGAGGUCCUCGGCAAUCUCCUAGCACAAACCGACGUUGCCAACGCUGCCGCAUCGAACCGUUUCAUCAACGGCAACAUCAAGGCCCAUAGCUACUCCAGGGCUAGCAUCCAGCACGUCUUGGUCGAUCAGGGUUUCGAGGUAAUCGUAUCCUUCACGCAACCGCCCCAGCUGCGCAAGUUCUCCCUAGCGGACCAGCGGCGUUGGUGGGAGGACUCCUCUCGGCUCGAGCCGGGCGGCCUUGUGUGCUUCAUCUCAACCCGAGGCGACGAGAAAUCAUUCCUGCUGUUUGUAGUUACGCGAAAGGAGACCCGUGAGGUUGAGGAGGGCAAAAACAAGAGCACCCUUGUUUCAGAGCGCCUCAACCCUGCAAUUACGAUGAAGUUGGCCUCGGAGACCCAACAAAACCUGUACAAGCUCCACCGCAUGUACGUCGAGAAGCAGGAAGGGUUGCUGAUCGAGCUCCCCGGUCUAAUCCCCGAGACGUUUGUCCCCAUCCUCGAGAAUCUGCAACGGAUGAUGCGAGAUGGAGACCUCGCCUUUCGGCGUUGGAUCCUGCCGUCGACGGAACACGCCGACGAUGAGCCGUCCACCGUGAUAUCGCCACCGGCGUACGCUCGCCGGCCCGGGUUCAAGUUCAAUCUCAAGUCGAUCACCAAGAGUGGGCAACCUAAGCUCAGCAUCGAUCCAGCUGUGCCCGGUGGGGACGUUGCCGCGGGGGCUCUUGAGGCUGCCACCGGCCUCGACCGUGGGCAGUCCGACGGCUUGAUUGCAGCCCUGACACGCGAGUACGCCCUCAUUCAGGGACCGCCUGGCACAGGGAAGUCGUAUGUUGGCGUGCAGCUGGUGAGGGUCUUGCUGGACCACAUGGCCGACGCAAAGCUUGGCCCGAUCCUUGUCAUUUGCUACACGAACCAUGCGCUGGACCAAUUCCUAAAACACCUUCUCGAGGUUGGCAUCGACAAGAUCAUCCGGAUCGGAGGCCAGAGCCGUGCUGAAGAGCUCGAAGGCAAGAAUCUCCGAGUCGUGAGCAAGGAAACGGGCAAGACCGCGGUGGAGAACCGAAUCUUGGGGCAGAACUACUCGGAAUCCGAGGAAUGCCGCAACAAUGCCGGGAACAACCUGAAACCUCUGCACCAACUACGCAAGGGUAAGCUUGACUUCGCCAGCCUUCGACGUUUCUUGCAGCGCCACUCCCCGAGCGUUUAUCGUCAGUUCUUGUCCAUGCAGACGGACGAGGAGGGAUACACCUUGGCUGGCGGUGACCCACGCUGGGCGCUGGCUGAGAACUGGGUGAAUCAGCUUACCCAGAUACAGAGUGACCGCAUCUUCGAGCUGGUUGAUGAAGCCAAGCGUCACAGGGAGACGAUCCACAGCGUCCACGACGAUGUCAACCGGCGCACGCUCCUGAAAGCUCAGGUCGUGGGGGUCACGACCACGGGGUUGGCCCGAAACAUCAAGAUGCUUUGUCGUCUCGGAGUCAAGGUCAUCAUCUGCGAGGAAGCAGCCGAAGUGAUGGAACCACACCUCAUUUCCGCUCUCAUGCCCGGGGUUGAGCACUUCAUCCAGAUCGGCGACCACAAGCAGCUCCGACCUCAGAUUCAGAAUUACCUACAGUUCAGUCUGGAGACCGCGGCGGGGCGUGCCCAUCAGCUGGACCGCAGCCAAUUUGAGCGCCGGGCAGUGGGCGAACCCGGCCUGCCGCCGUUGCCGGUAGCGCAGCUCAACGUCCAGCGACGCAUGCGGCCCGAGAUCUCCCAGCUCAUCCGGAGGAUGUACCCGAACCUGCGAGACCACGACAAUGUCAUGAAUCUGCCGUCCGUUGUGGGGAUGCGAGACAACCUCUUCUGGCUGGACCACGACCACCCCGAGGACGGCAAGGACGACGGCUCCCGGGUCAAGUCGCACAGCAACCCCUGGGAGGUGUCGAUGGCCAAGGCCCUGGUCCACCACUUGGUGCGGCAGGGCGAGUACAAGAGCACGGACAUUGCGCUGUUGACUCCCUACACCGGCCAGCUCCAGAAACUCCGCGCCAGCCUCAGCAACGACUUUGAAGUCUUCCUCAGCGACCGCGACAUCGAGGCUCUCGCACAGGAAGGGUUUGAGACGAAGCCAACCGAGGAAGAGAAGACCGACUCCGGCCCAAGGAAAGUCGUCGAGAGGAAGAAGCUCCUCCAGACCAUCCGCCUAGCAACGGUCGACAACUUCCAAGGCGAAGAAGCCAAAGUCAUCGUCGUGUCCCUCGUGCGCAGCAACAGCACCUCCAAGGUCGGCUUCCUGCGGACCGAGAACCGCAUCAACGUGCUGCUCAGCCGCGCCCAGCACGGCAUGUACCUGAUCGGCAACGCCCGCACCUACCAGAACGUCGCCAUGUGGGCCGACGUGCACCAACAACUCACCACACGAAACGCCGUCGGCCCCGCCAUCUCCCUCUGCUGCCCGCGCCACCCGGACACGCCGCUCGCGUGCGCCGACCCGGCCGACUUCGCCGUCAAGAGCCCCGAGGGCGGCUGCGCCCUCACCUGCGACAAGCGCCUCGAGCCCUGCGGCCACCAGUGCCCGGCGCCGUGCCACUCCCAGCGGCUGCAUGAUGCCUUCGACUGCCUGCAGCCGUGCCCGCGCCUGCGCGCGACGUGCCGCCACCCCUGUCCCAGGCUGUGUGGUCAGCAGUGCGGGCCGUGUCUGGUCAAGGUUGAUGGCGUCAAGCUGCCGUGUGGGCAUGUCCAUGAUAAGGUGGCCUGCUAUCAGACGUUGGACCUGGGCGCGAUCCGGUGUUCCAGGGUUGUUGAGAAGGAGGUGCCGGGGUGUGAGCACAAGGUCACUGUGCCUUGCUACCAGGAUGUUACUGCGAACUCGUACUCCUGUUCGACAAAGUGUGUUGCCGCGCUCAAGUGUGGGCAUCGGUGCCCUGGAACUUGCGGUCGAUGCCGCGGGGAGAGUGCCGAGGGAGUGGUCACGUUCAGCCACCAGACGUGCAACAAACUUUGCGACCGGCCGUAUGGUACAUGCAACCAUCGCUGCGUGAAGACUUGCCAUGAAGGGAAGGAGUGUGGGACUUGUACGCGGAGGUGCGAGGUCCGAUGCUCCCACUCUCGGUGCCACCAAGAUUGCCAAAAGCCCUGCGCCCCAUGCAUCGAGAAGUGCACAUGGUCCUGCGAGCACAAGGGGUCCUGCUCGUUGCCAUGCGCGGCACCCUGCGACCGACUGCCCUGCGACGAGCGCUGCACCAAUACUCUCAAAUGUGGCCACCAAUGCCCCAGCUUCUGUGGCGAGGAAUGCCCGCAAGACUUGUGCCAGCUGUGCUGCGCCCAUAAGGACGCUCGCGUGGAUCUCAUGGAAUUCAAGACAUACGGCGAAAUCGACCUAAACGACACCCCGGUCGCAGUCCUGGGAUGCGGCCACUUCUUUACGGGCGAAACGCUCGAUGGCAUGCUUGGGAUGAGCAACGUAUACACGACAGACAAGCUCGGUAACUACAACGGCCUUGGGGAACUGUCCGGUCAAUUGAUGGCCGUUCCUGCAUGCCCGGACUGCAGGGUGCCCAUCCGCCAGUUCGCCACCAAAAGGUACAACCGUGUUGUCAACAGGGCAGUCCUAGACGAGACCUCCAAGCGCUUCCUAGUCGGGGGCCGCGAGACGCUGGCGGAGCUUGAGGGGCGCGUGGCCGUAACGGAGCAGCAACUCACCGAUUCCGAACCGACAGCCCGCAAGGUGGCCCUGAAACUGCAAAUGGAGAUAACCAAGUUCCGCAAGGAAAUGGCCGCGGAGCACCAGCCCACCAAGAAGCUCUUCGACGCCGUUCUGACCUUCCAACGCCUCCAGCGGGAGCAACCCCUAGAGCAAGCCUUCACCAACCUCACCCUCUCCGAACCCACCACCACCACCGUCCCCCAACCAGUCUACGACCAGCAAAUCACGCUCAACGCCCACCGCUUGCAGGUGCGCACGCAAGAAGCCAUACUACGCGACGGCUUCACCAAGCUCUCCGAGCUCAACGGCGGCGCCCUUCUCACCACCGCCAUUACCGGCACCGACACCUGCAAGCGAGCCACCCCCUUCCUGCGCGACUGCCAAACCCUCAUCGACGCCGCGACCGCCGCCAAGCUCCCGCGCCUCGUCAUCCCCACCAUCCUCUCCUACGCCCGCAUCGCCCAGCUCGAGGGCUGGUACCGCCGCACCGUGGCUAGCACCACCAUCACCACCACCACCGCCACUACCGGCGAAGCCCCACCAACCCCAGCCCCCACCACCGAGCCGGCAGCGGGCACAGAACAGCAAAGCACCACCGAAACGGCGCGCGCCCUCCUUGAGCAUGCCCUGACGCUCUGCGAUACAGUGCCCAGCGGCGCAGCCUACCGCGAGGAAGUGGAGGCGACGGCCAAGCUGUUCGCCGAGACGCGGUACGAGGCGGUGACCCCCGCCGAGCUGGCGGCCAUCAAGGCGGCGAUGGUGGAGGGGAGGGGCGGGUUUAGCACGCAUGCGGGGCAUUGGUAUACGUGUCGGAAUGGGCAUCCGUUUGCGAUUGGGGAGUGUGGCAUGCCGAUGGAACAGGCGAGGUGUCCUGAGUGUGGGGAGGCGAUUGGGGGGCGGGAUCACAUGACGAUGGAGGGGACGGAGAGGGAUAUGCGGAUGGAGGUUUGA